GAAGAUUUUUGAUGAUUUUAUAAAGCAGCAGGCAUGCUCUAAUAAUUUUUAGUUAAACUUAAACUUUCGUUUUAUCAAGAAGUGCUUAAAGAUGAUUUUAGAAUUAUUUCUAGCUGCUCUGUACAUCCUAUUCAUUUACUUUAAAGUCUUUAGAGGCAGUUACAUUUGGUUUGAUAACAAUGGUGAAGUUAAACGAAGGAAGAAGUCAAAAUUUUGGAAUAUCUUAACAACCAUGUAUGACUACUUAUUACAUACUAAACCAGAGGAUCGACUGUUAAAGUUGAGAGGAUUUCACAAAGUUUCACCAAGAUUUUUCCGUGUCAAAUUUUGGAAAAUCGAUUAUGUUGUCAUUUAUGAUCCAGAACUAUUAAAGAAAGUAUUCAAUUCACAAGUUGCAUGUCAACGUCCAUUUCGGAACUGCUUUCAACUUGAAAAGGGAUUGUUGUCAUCAGAAUAUCAUAGCUGGAAGAAGUCCAGAAAGCUCUUGAAUGGUGGAUUCAACCUGAACAUUCUAAAAGGAUUGAUUCCAAUUUUUUCUUACUAUACUGGAACUCUUAUCAAGGAAAUGGAACAACAUUUAGAUGGAAAGGAGUUUGAUCUGUUGCUUCCAUUAUCCAAACUUACAACAAAUGGAAUUUCAGGAACCAUCAUGAACGUGACCGAUGUAGAAGUCACUGAUCUAGAAAAAUUAAUAGCUGAAGUUGCAAUAUUUUUGGAUCUGACGUGCAAAAGAAUGCUGUAUCCAUUUUUGGAGAAAGAUUGGAUUUAUCGAUGGACAAAAAGCUACAAACGCGAGCAAGAAGCUCGUGAGUAUGCGAUGGCUUAUGGUGAUGAAUUGAUAGCUGCUUCAAAAAAGAGAAACAGAAAAGACAAGAGUUUAGUUGAUGAAAAUGGAAGUGUGAUUGUGAAACGAGACGAAAAAGUCGAGUUUAUUAUUGAUCAGCUGCUUAACCAUGAAGAAAAAUUCACGGACGAAGAAAUUCGCGACCAUGUUAUGACUUUGUUGGCUACGUCAUCAGAAACAACAACUCGAUUUGUGGCAACGACACUGCUGCAACUAGCCAUUAAUCAGCAAUACCAACAAAAAGUUUAUGAAGAAAUUGUUGACGUUUUUGGAGACAGUAUAGAAAAUAUUGAUUAUGACAAGCUAAAUGCCUGCAGAUACCUUGAAAUGGUUUUAAAAGAAGUUUUGCGACUCUUUACAUCGGUUCCAAUUUACCAACGUGAAACAAUUGACAAGCUUGAUAUUGGAAUCGGAAAGCCAUUAGACAAAGGGGCAAAAAUCAUAAUUUUUGCCUAUAUUUUGCAUCGUCGUAAGGACUUGUGGGGUAAAAAUUCUGGGGUCUUUGAUCCAGAGAACUUUUCUUCUGAAAGAACUGCUGAGCGAGAUCCUUAUUGUUAUCUUCCUUUUGGAGCAGGUCCCAGAAACUGCAUUGGAAACAGAUUCGCGAUGAUUGCAGCAAAAACAGAGAUCAUAAGGUUACUCCAUGCUUACAAAUUUAGCACAAAGAUUAAGGAUACUGAUAUCAAGCAAGGACUGUCACUUACUAGUAGAUUAUCUGUUGAUUAUCUUAUGUCCAUUGAGAAAAGAUGAUUUGGAUACCUUAGCUCAAUUUAAACUAGUGUCGUCCAGCUUAUACUCAACAGAUCAGGAAACCUAGAAUUGAUAAACCUACUUUUGAUCCAAAAGUCAAAAGAUUUAUGCUUUAAUGAAAUUCUAAAAAUUUAUUUCCAUCAACUUUUGUUUUAAUGACUAGCAUUAUGUAUGCAUCAAUUAAGCAAUAAUCAAUUUUCUUAUCCACAAAACAAAAUAAUCUUAUUUACUGUUUUUAACGUUUCUUAAUUAAAAAAAAAUAAAUUACGUCCAAAAAGAAGAACAGCACUUUUCUAUGAACUAUGUAUCAAAAAGCAGUAAUUUUGAGAGAGAUUCAUAAAUGCAAUAACUUUUAAUAUUCAUCACUUUCACCACGAAUAUUUUCAGCAAUUUGUUGACACCGUCCAAGGAACAGUGAGUCAUUCGGUCGUGGUAGAAUUAAUAUCUCGUUUAACUCACCUCGAGACUGUCGUUGUGAACGUGACGCUUGUUGAGGCUGUGUAUUCCUGACUUGAUAUUGUAUGGGCUGUAAAUUGUGUUGCAUUUGUGAAACAGGCCGUGACGGAAUUGGAGGUCGUAAUGAUAGGAGCUGAAUUGCUGCCCAUUCAUCACUUGAAUCGUUAUUCGAUGAUUGAGAUAAUUGCUGUUGUUGUUGUACUGUCUGUCCAACUAGACCAGCUAGUUUUGGAAUUACAUUCAUACGAUUUUUAUUUACAUUUGUUGAUGUAGGCAUUGACCUGGAAUGAAUUGAUUAAUAUCAUUAAAUUAUAUUUAUAAAGAUCCAGUGAGUCCUUACCAUCGUCUAUUAAUGUCAAAAUUGGAUUCACUGUUUUUAUUGUUUUCCAUCGCAUUUGCUUCACUCCAUCGCCGAUAAGACUGUUGUUGUAGACGAAAUCUUUGUAAUGCAGCUUGUGAAUUUUGUGGAGCACUUGCUGAGCUUUGACAAUCGACAUUACUCGCUGAUAAAGGUGAUUGUUCAUCAAUGUCAAUCAAUGAAUGUGCUAAAUGAUUCAGGAAAAAUAGAUAUUUCUCAUAAAUAUUUCCCAUCGUCAUACGAAUUGUACAUGAUUCAGGCUGUGCAAUCUCUUUAUCAAUGCAAUUUGUUAGCUGUGAUUUAAAAUCCGCUUCAAAGCGUUCAGCCAACAUAA